UGUAGUCUGCUUAGGUCUGAUCAACCUGAGCCACACGAUUCCUCUGUGACUCUCUGCAUCCUUGUUUACAAGGGCCUCCCCCACAUCCAAGUUCAUACUACUCAGAAACAGUGAGCUUGGGGUGUUUGUUUUAUCUUGAUCACCCUCUGACAAAGAAAUCCAGAUGACACAGAACCCACUGAAGACAAUACCUGGAACAUGGCAGUCUUGGAAAUAGUUUUGGCUGUUAUCCUGACUCUACUGGGAUUUGCCAUUCUCGCUAUUUUGUUAACAAGAUGGACACGGCGCAAGCAAAAUGAAAUUGAUAUCUCAAGAUACAGUUCUGAACAAAGUGCUGGUCUGCUGGACUAUGAGGAUGACAGAGAUUUUUCUUCUCCAAGAUCUAAAAGAGGAAGAGGAUUCCGGAAUUUAUACUCAACAGAAAGUGACAUUUCAUAUGAUGAUCGAGAGGGAUACAACAGAAAUUACACGCCAUCAACCAGCUCCCUCGUUUUACCUCAACAAUCUGUGAGUGAUACAAAUGACUUAAAAGCAACUCCAGAACCUUUAUCUGGCACUGUAGGACCCAUAACUGGAACUAUUGGCCCAAUAAUGCAAUUCACAGCACCUAUUCCUGGAGCUACAGGACCUAUCAAGCUCUCUCAAAAGACCAUUGUGCAAACUCCAGGACCUAUUGUACAAUAUACUGGACCCACUGCUGAAACUUCAGAAAUGACCUCUUCAAGAUCAUCCUCGGGAUCAACUCCUCAUGCAGUCAAUGGACCAGCUCCACAAGCCCUCACUUGUCCACCUUCGAUGCUCAGGGGUCUGCCCCUGGCACCCAUAAUGAUUUCACAGAGAACCUCAACAAGACCUGAAAAAUCUAAAGUAAGGCAAGAACCACCAACACAUGUAGCAGUACCUAUCAUUACUCCAGUGCCUAUUGUAAUUGGUCCAGUGGCAGCUGUGGACAGUUCUGGAAAAGUCACACUAUCUCCUAUGGUUAUAUUUCCAGGUUACAUGGAUGGAGAACUUAUUAAAAAAUCAGAUUCCAAAGCCCAGAUUCUAAAAAGUGGAAGCACUACAAAGUUUCAGAGUAGCCAAGAAAAAAAGAAGGAAGAACUACAGAAGAAAAUCUCAUUUACAGAUUCUGAUGAAGUUGUGAUAGCAGAGCACAAAAAAGAAUCAAGCAGUUCCCAAGAUGUUGAGUUGCAGAAAGGUAAGAUAGAAAUGGGGGUCAAGGAAAAGGACAGUAACGCUGAGAUAAGGAAAAGACAAGAAUCCCAAGAAAAAGUGAGAGACUUGAAAAUGCCAAGAGAAGCAGCAGCCCAGGUAGUAGAGAAGAGUGAAGCUGAAAUACCGCAAGGACAGGAAGCCAAAGCAGAGAAGAAUGAGGCCGAAACAAUACAAGGACAGGAUGCCCAAGCAGAGAAAAGUGAAGUCAAAAUACCAAAAGGACAGGAAGCCCAAAAAGAGGAGAGUGAGGUCAAAAUACUACAAGGACAGGAAGCCCAAAUAAAGAAAAGUGAAGCCGAAAUACCACAAGGACAGGAUGCCCCAGUAGAAAAGAGUGAGGCCAAAGUACCACAAGGACAGGAAGCCCAAGUAGAGGAACGUAAAGUUGAAAUACCACAAGGACAGGACACCCAAGCAGAGAAAAGUGAAGCCAAAAUACCAAAAGGACAGGACGCCCAAGUAGGAAAGACUGAGGCCAAAGUACCACAAGGACAGGAAGCCCAAGUAGAGAAAAGUGAAGCCAAAAUACCAAAAGGACAGGAAGUCCAAGUAGAGAAAAGUAAAGCUGAAAUACCACAAGGACAGGACGCCCAAACAGAGGAAAGUGAAGCCAAAACACCAAAAGGACAGGGGCCCAAAGUGAAGAAGAGUGAGACCAGAAUACCAAUAGGGCAGGGGUCCCAAGUAAAGAAGAGAGAGACCAGAAUACUAAAAGGACAGGGGUCCCAAGUAAAGAAGAGUGAAACUAGAAUACCAAUAGGACAGAGGUCCCUAGUAAAGAAGAGUGAAACUAGAAUACCAAUAGGACAGGGGUCCCAAGUAAAGAAGAGUGAAACUAGAAUACCAAUAGGACAAGGGUCCCAAGUAAAGAAGACUGAGACCAGAAUAUCAAAUGGACAAACGGCCCAAGAAAAGGAGAGUUCAGAAGACAAAGAAAAGCAGGACAAUGAAAAGAGAGAUAUAGGGAAAGAUAAAGAAGAAAAUGAUGCCAAAAACAAGAAUGGUCAUGGAGAAAAGGACAAAGUUCAAGGAAAGAAUAACUUGACAAUCAAGGAUAAAAACGUGGAAACUUCACAAAGGCGCAAAACCAAGUAAAGCUUCCUUUGCUUGUAAAGUACAACAAAAGGGAAGAGCAGUGGCAAAUAAAAGGCCCAUAAGACAACUGAUUAUUAUGACUUCUGUCCUCCAAAUACAAGUUAUAUACUAGCCAUUAACUUAUCUAUAUCAUAGUAGAUUGCUUUUAAACUAUACAUCUGCAGAGUUUCUGCUAUUCGGAAGUUUCAAGUUUUAGAUCUCUUCAGUAACAAACCUCAGCUCCCAACUCUGUUAUAAGUUGAUUAUUAGAUUUACUCAGUCAAGAAAGACUGGAUACUUUCUGAAAUAAAACAUUUCUAUUUUAAAAAUUAAAAUAAUUUCCUUUGACAAAUA